CUCCCGGGGCUGGCGUGAGGAAGGACCAUAGACAGCAUCGCUAAGGUUGGAAAAGACCUGUCAGAUCGUCAGGUCUGCUGCCCACCUGGCUAACAACCUCCUGUCAGGGAGCUGUAGAGAGCAAUAAAGUCAACCCUGAGCCUCCUUUUCUGCAGGCUAAACACCCGCAGUGUCAAUAUCCUUCUUGGAGUGAGGGGCCCUGAAUGAGAAAUCAGGGUUUGAGAUGCGGCCUCAUCAGUGCCAAAACAAUGGUUACUCCCCGCGCACACAUAUAAGGCACGUCUUUUUCUCAAACACGGCCCUCCUGGAAGCUUUCAAAGCCUCCAUAUUUCAGGAAAUCUCAGAGCCGUUCCUUUACUCUUCCAAGAAUAUGCCAUGGGCCGGGGACAGAAAGCCUUGUGUAUCCACACAAGGACAAAGGCCACCAUAGGCAUCCAGCCAUCUCUGGGCACCGGAGGAUACACGCUGGAGAAAUAGUAUGGAUGUCCCAGGUUUACACUAUCAACUUGGAAUCUCGCUAUUUACUGAUACAAGGAGUUCCUGCAUUAGGUGUUAUGAAGGAAUUAGUCGAACAAUUUGCAUUAUAUGGUGCCAUUGAAGAGUAUCAUGCUCUAGACGAAUAUCCAGCAGAGCAAUUUACUGAAGUGUAUCUUUUAAAAUUCCAAAAACUGCACUGUGCAAGGGUGGCCAAGAAAAAAAUGGAUGAACGAAGCUUCUUUGGUAGUUUGCUGCACGUGUGCUACGCUCCAGAAUUUGAAACAGUCCAAGAAACUAGAGAGAAAUUGCAGGAUAGAAGAAAGUAUAUAGCAAAAGCAACAAAUCAAAGAGAUUGCUGUGUGUUAAAGAAAGUUGAGGGCCCUAAGAAGACAGUCUCAAAGACCUCUGAGAGUGACUGCCCAUGGAGUACAUCGGGAUCACAUGCAGCCAGUAACUGGGAUCCAUCCUGCUUUACAAGUUCUCACGGGGUAUCCCACAACACAGGGCAUCCAUCUGGAAAUCAUAAUCAGAGCCUGUUAACAUCUCCACACUAUGAUAACAAUUGUGCUGAAACUUACGGGUACUUUGGCCAAAACACAUCCCUGACUCCCAGCGUACAUCCAGGAGGACGUACUCCACCAGCUUCCUUAAUGCAGCAAAGAGUGGUUUCCACUUAUAGUGGAAUUGACAGGUUUAUGCCUCGUACAACUCACUUGCAAGAACGUAAGAGGAAAAGAGAAGAAGGUAACAGGUUCCUCCUUGGAACAGGUGCGGACAAUACUGAAGUCAUGAUUGGUCCACAACUGCCAGAGAUACCUAAAGUGGAUAUGGAUGAUGAGUCAUUGAAUACCUCAGCUACAUUAAUUCGAAAUAAACUGAAAGAGGUAGCAGAUUCUGUUUCAACAACAUCUGUGGAAAAGCCAGAGAGUAGAUCAGCCAAACCACUUGUAAAGCAGAGAAGAAGAAUAUAGACACUGCUGGCAGCAUCUUCCAACAGUCCUUUUAUAAAGGAUAUA